CAUGCUGUUUUGUUGCCGUGCUGUGUUUCAGUGCUGUGUUGCCGUGGCGUUGUUUCCUGCGGCUGGCGAGGUUUAGCUGACCUCAGGUUCUUCUGCUGCUCUCGGUUCCCCUUUCCUCACUAACUAUGGGGUUUCCAGUGAAACAGAGAGAGGAGAGUUAUAUAUUAAACUGCACACCACAACAGCCACGCCCACUCACUGCAGGCCACACCCACACACAGGGGGCGGACCUUCAGCAGAACACACCACCACUCCAGCAGCUACGGGUCAGUUAGCAGUCCGGCGUCUCUCCGGUGCAGUGUGUGGUGAGGAUAUUAAAGAUAAAGCUGAUGAUGAUGAAGCUGAUGAGGAUGAUGAUGAUGUUCUGCUCGGGGAUCAGCUCUCUGCCGUCGGGUUCUGCGAGGUUCUGCUGUGGUUCUGUUCUGAUGUUCCUCUGGGUGUGGGGUGUUUGCGGCUCUGAUUGGUCGGUGAACGUUCCCACCUCUAUCGCUGGUGUAUCCGGGCUGUGCGUUCAUGUCCCCUGCAGCUUCUCGUACCCGGGCCCGAGAGCGCCGGCCAGUAAGAUCAGGGGGCUGUGGUUCAGGGGCGGGGCUCUGGUGUGUAACAGCCGGCAGUGGGAGCAGGUGGACGCUCUGUACGUGAACAGAAGCAGAAUCGUGGGUUCUCUGGAGAGGAACGAAUGCUCGCUGAAGAUCGGGCUGCUGGGGACGGGGGACGCCGGGAGUUACAUGUUCCGGGUUGAGAUAGACGGGCAAGACCGAUACUCGUUCAAGGACCAGCGCGUGACCCUCAGCGUGACCGACACGCCCCCUGCUCCAUCCCUGCAGUGCCCGGGUGUACUGGCCGAGGGCGUCCCCGUGUCUCUGGUGUGCUCUGUGGUACACACCUGUCGGGAGGCGGCGCCGGUGCUGCGCUGGACCUCGGUUAGGGCCGGGCAGGUGGUGCUGCAGCCGCAGGGACGUCGGCAGCUCCAGCAGCGCUGGGAGGAACGAGCCGUGCUGAACCUGCUGCCCUCUCCUGGAACCCACGGGGAACUGCUGCAGUGCACCGCCGUGUUCCCCAACGGACUGCAGCGAUUCACACCGCCCUGCAGACUGCAGGUCAACUAUGCUCCUCAGAACGUGACGGUGAGUGUUCUGUCUCCGCUGGGUUUGGUGUCAGAAGGGAUGACCGUGGUUCUGUUCUGCCAGGCUGACAGUCAGCCAGCACCUCACCGGUUCUCCUGGUUCCAGGGUCCGGAGGGUCGGGAGCAGCUGGUGGUGGAUCAGAGAGAACCGAAGCUCUCGGUGGAGAAAAUACCCAGAAACUCUGGACCCUACUGGUGCCAAGUGGAGAACUCUAUGGGCACUCGUCUCUCUCAGCCAAUCACAGUAGAUGUACACUAUGAGCCGGAGAUCACAGAUGAAAGCUGGUGCUCUGUGACCUUUGAGCAGGAGGCGGACCUAAGCUGUGAAUGUGUUGCCUAUGGCAACCCACUGCCCUCUAUACACUGGUCUGUUUUACAUUUAGAGGAGCAAAUAACAGGUAACACUGAUCCUUCCUGGUCUGAAGGACAUCGAUCUGUGGGGAACCUGAACAUCUCGGUACUGUGGAACCACACCUCUACAGAGCUGGUCCUCCAGUGUGUGGCUGAGAACAGCCUGGCAUCCACCAUCAAAACCUUCACCCUGACCCGCAACGGUAUACACUCCAACACCGUCCAUACCACACCCCACCACACCAAAAGUAUCCACCAUCAGAACCUUCACCCUGACCCACAAUGGUAUACGCUCCAACACCGUCCAUACCACACCCAACCACACCAAAAUUAUCCACCAUCAGAACCUUCACCCUGACCCACAACGGUAUACUCUCUAACACCGUCCAUACCACACCCAACCACACCAAAAGUAUCUACCAUCAUAACCUUUACUCUGACCCACAACGGUAUAUGCUUUAGCACCGUCCAUAUCACACCCUACUGAACCAAAAGUAUCCACCAUCAGAAUCUUCACUUUGACCCACAAUGGCAUACGCUCCAACACCAUCCAUACCACAUCCACCACAGCAAAAGUAUCCACCAUCAGAACCUUUACCCUGAACCACAACAGUAUACGCUCCAACACUAUCCAUACCACACCCCACCACACCAAAAGUAUCCACCAUCACUCUGACCCACAAUGGUAUACGCUGCAACACCAUCUAUACCACACCCCACCGGACACGAUACAUAUCAGUUCAAGAAGCUCCAUCCAGGAGAUCAGAGGAGGAUCUAGGACUUUUCUGAGUAAUCAAGGGUCUACAAUAUUCAUAGAGGGGCUGAACAUUAUUUAACCAGUCUCACUGUGUUCAAACACUUCAGAAUAAUUAAAAAAUCUUACACAGAAACAACUAUGCAGUUAAUUCUGGGCCAAAAGUUUUACAGAAACAGUAAAAUCUGCAAUCAGCAUUUUAUUACUCAUGAGGAAUAAGUGUUGGAAGGUUGCAAAGCUGGUUGAGACAAACCCCACAAGACUUGCAGUGAAAGGUGGCUCUACUAAGUAUUGAUAUGAGGGGCUGAAUUAUGUGCUACUUUGUGUUGGUCUAUCACUUUAAAUCUUAAUAAAAUAAAUUAGGGGUGCCGAGUGGUCCAGCGGUCUAAAGCCCAGGUUUGAACCCCAGCUCACGCAGCUUUGCCAUCAUGCUGCCGGCACUCAGAGGGAGCAAAAUUGGCCCUGCUCCCUCCGGGUGGGUAGAUGGCGCUCUUUCCCCAUCACGCUUAAAUGUGGCGCCGUGCGGCGCAAAGCGUCUGAGGGGAUGAAAAUGGGAGGAAAUGGGGAAAAAUGUGAAACAAAAUGAUAUAA